GGGCUAUAUAUCGGAGGUGGUGACUCGUCUGCAUCUCGAGCAUCACUCGUGUCUGCAGACACUUCAACUUAACUUUGAGAGGAACACAGAGUGACCAUGAGGUGCCUGCUGAAGCUGGUGCUGCUUCUCUUCUGCAUACAGAGAGGACAGGCUCGCUGGACCAGGUCGCUGAUUGACCAGAAGCCAGAAACGGCUUCUUCACAUGAGGACAAAAGAAGACAUCCAGCUGAGACAGAAGUCUCUGGAGUCCAGCCAUCUCCCAACCCCAUCGACCCAGUCCCAGUGCGAUCUCGUCGCUCUCCUCUCAACCCCCAGUGCGGCCUGCGCUCCAUCCUGUUGCAGGUCCGGGACCUCGGGUUGGGCUAUGACUCGGACGAGACCGUCCUCUUUAAGUACUGCAGCGGGACAUGUCCCCGGAUCCGCUCCAACCACGACCUCACUCUGUCUAACCUCCUGCUCAGUGGUGUGCUCCCCCACCCGGCGCCUGGGGAGCAGUGGCACGACGCCCCCUGCUGCAGGCCCGCCCACCACGAGGACAUGGCCUUCCUGGACAACUCGCACCGGUGGCACAGGGUGGAGAAGCUGUCGGCCGCUGGCUGCAGCUGUAUGGGGUAGAUGUGUGAGUGUGGAGGGUUAUAUGUGACAGGCCUGAGUAAAUAAAUACAACGAGCUUUAGUUCUGUGAGCUCUUCAAAUGGAAAUACCUUUUCUUUAAAGAUAGAAAUGAAAAGUGUUGUUAAUGCUCGACUUCCUGACUUUAAGGUUACGUUCACACUGCAGACUCAAAAGGCCCCGUAUGUUUUAUUUGAUUUAUUUAUUUUUACGUCUUUUUUCUUUCUUUUUUUUUUUAAAUCACAUUUGCGACCCUUAUGAACAGGAUGAUGGGUGGAAAUGAUUGAGCUUUUAAACUUGUUAUUAGACACACGUUCAUGUAUGUGGUGCAAAACAUCACAGAUUUUCACUCACACACACACUGAGCCUCCAUUUAACAACAUAACUCACCAUCCUGUACAUUAUCUGCUGCUCAUUCAUUCAUUCACUUUAAAGCGGUUCCUUCUGUGCCGUGUGUGACAUGGU